AUGGCCUAUUCUAUGAGUUGGUCUCGAGUCGCAGGUGUCGCCAUUCUGGUUCUCUUCGUCUUCUUGACCCUCUUCACUACCCCAGAUCUUUACUCGAAGAAGCAGUUGCAAGGAGAUGCCCUGGCGGUACCGAUACUCGGACGGCGACAUGCACUCUCACUGUUCAACAGCAACCCCAACAGCACCGAUGGAGUGGUCUCACGGGCUCCCAACCUCAGACCAAUCCCAUCAGCCUCGGACGAAGUAUACAACCGAGCUACCGACAAGGGGAGGCUCCUGAAAUGCUGGAUGAAAGACCCAUCGGCCGCUGGAAGUCUCGGGACCAGCAAGUGGAACGAUUACGAUGCUUUGAAAGAAUGGGGCUGGAUCGAGACGACGACUACUCUCUACGGCGGCGAGAGAAGCCCUGGAUUCUCGGAUAUCGUGGGGCCGUUUGGGGAUGAUGAUUGGACGAAUGAGAAUAAGGUGGUGAAGUUUGAGCAUAAGGGCCAGCAUCCGGAUCAGGAGGUUACGCUGCCUGAUGGGAGUCGGAGGGAGGUUGGCUAUCCGCCAACCAAUGCCGUGUACGAGAACAAGCUGUAUCCAGGCAGAGGCGUCAUCAUCGCAGAGUGGAAUUGGAAUCCACAGAUCAUGAUCAAAGACGAGCAGACCUCGAAGGGCAGGGACUGGGAUCCUGACACGAUGAGACAGCCAGAUCUCUUCCAGAUGUCCGAUUUCUGGUGGCUCAUGUGGAAGAAAUACACCACACCCACCCAACGCCCCGCCCUCCGCGCCAUCGCCAAACACAACAUCGUCAACGAGCCCACGCAACAAGUCAUCGCCCGCGCCCUCAAACAACAAUGGCCCGACGAAGCCGAACCUAGUCUCGGCCGCGCACCCGUCUGGCCAGGCAAAGUCUUCACCCCCGACAUGGAGGGGCUCGCGCCGCUGCUGGGGAUCAAUAGUAUUUGGGGGAUUCCGUGGUUUUUGAUUCAGCAUUAUGGGGAGGGGGAGUUGGGGAGGUUGGAGGUUAAGAGGAUUACGGUUUUUGUGGAUGUUGUGAGUGCGGUGUUUUAUCAGCCGAGUGCGAUUGUUGAGGUUGGACCCGUGGAAGACGAGGCAUAG